AUGGAGGAGUUGGAACUUGAGAGGAAAGAAGGUGGUAGCCUUAGAAAAUUGGCAAUCGGAGGUCUGCCAAACCUGGAGUUACUACCCCAAUGGAUUCUUCUAGGAUCCACCAAAACCUUGCAGCAAUUGUAUAUCCAAGACUUACAGGAUCUCUCGACGUUACCAACGUGGUUCCAACAUCUCACAUCGCUUCAAUGCCUCUACAUUAGAAAUUGCUUAAAGUUGUCGUCUCUACCAGAAGAGAUGCAACACCUCACUGCACUCAAAAAAUUAAACAUUGCAAUGUGUCCAAAAUUAAGUAAAAGAUGUACCGGUGAAGACUGGCAUAAGAUUGCCCAUGUCCCUGAGAUUUAUUAUGAUGUUUUUAAGACAACAACAAAUGAUGAAUAG